GAUACAUCCAUGGAUUAUGAUGACAAUGAUUUUCAAAGCCAGAAUCUCCAUAUACCUGGUGAAGGGAGCACAAAAUUUCCUCCUGUUUUAAGGCCUUAUGCUCUUCCUAAGUUUGAUCUGGACGAAAGCCUUCAAGGGCAUUUAAGAUUUGACAGUUUGGUUGAAACUGAAGUUUUCCUUGGUAUUGAAAGUAACGAAGAUAACCAGUGGAUUGACGCCUACUCUCGUGGGAGUAGUGGAAUAGAGUUUGGUUCAACUGCUGCUGAAUCUUGCUCUAUUUCUAGGCACAAUAAUGUUUGGUCUGAGGCCACUUCUUCAGAAUCUGUUGAAAUGCUAUUAAAAUCUGUUGGACAGGAGGAAUUUAUCCCUAGAGAAACUGAUAUACAGGAGUCUGAUGCCUUUGAUGAACUGGCAUGCUUAGCUAAGCAAAUGGAGCCUGAUCCAAAGCCUGACGAUACAAAUGAAUAUAAAGAUAACGUUACUGAUUUACAGCCACCAGGGUUUAUACAUGAAAACUUGGUUGGAUUAAAGGAAGAAGAAAGAGAGCAGUCUCUGGCUGUAGUUUCCCAAGGUGAACUGUCCAUUGAUGGGGGUUUAGGUAAUCUGCAACCACAUGAUUUACUGGGAAAUGUUGACUUGCCUGUGGCUAGGGGGAUUCCCAUUACCGAUGACAACAGUGAUGAUGCAAAUCAACAAAAAGUUGAAAUUGUGGCUGAUGGUUCUCUUGAAGAAAAAACUCAAGAGGACUCAGCUGCGUCCUGGCCAAAGAAUAGUAUUACUGUAACUUCUAUACAAAAUAUCUCUUCUACUUGUGACGUAUUAAAGAUUCAAAAUGUGCAGAAUCAUGUAGUUGACAUGGAUCACGAGGAUCAAAGUUCUUUACAGAUGCAAUCUAAUGAACAAGAUUUGGAUUCUUUGGCGAUUAACAAAGAUUCUGAUGUUGACAUUCGAACUUCGAAUUUAAAUGCAGUUGGGGGUGAAAAACAUCAUUCUGAUAAACCUCUUUGUUCAAUUCCUAUGGAAGAAGCAUUGGAAAGUGGCAAUGUAGUUGAAGGCCUCGACACUUCUGAUAGUAGUUUAGGGGGCUCCUUGGGCAUGGUAUCUGAUGAUAUUUCUCGCUUGCAGAACACAGGAAGUUGCAAUGAAGAUGCAUGUUUCAGAGAUUUGUCUCCAGCCAAUGCAAACGAAGAUACAAUUGUGGAUAAUCUAUCUGCUGUAAAUACAUGUGAUUCACCAAUUGUUGCAAUUAAAGAUGAUUCCAGUUCUGAGGGGCAAAUAAUUGGGGUCAGCAAAUCUGACCAUAGUACUUAUCCUAAUUUUCAGAAGAAUAAUACUGUUGCCCCUACACAUAGCAAAAGCAGUGAUUCUAAGGAAAAUGAGUUAGCAAACAUUGGUAACCAGAUGGACGUGGAGCUUUCAUUCAGUAAGUCAGAGGCAUCUAUUUUUGCGGUUGGGAAUGAUAACACUUCUACUAUUAAUAAAAGUGAUGAUGAUAUCAAAGCAGGUGGUUUCGCAAGUUUAAGUUCAGUGAAUUCUACAACAUCAUGUAUUUUGGUUCAGGAAACACAAGUAUGUGAAAACAAUGAGCCUGACAAGCAGGGUGACCAUGGAAACUUUUGUCGAGAUAUUUCUGGUGUUGACCUGGCAAAUAAAAAUGCCACUACUGAUUCCAGCGUAAUGAAUUGCAAUGUUGACCAACCGCAUCAUGUUGAUUGUGGAGUUAGUUCAUCAUCUCUUAGUACAGAUAACAUGGAAACUAAGUUGACUACUGCCACAGUAUCAGAUGUUGAGCCUGUCAAUAAUUCAGACUCACAAUAUAUAUUAGAAAAUAUUAGUUUAACAUCCUGUGAAAUGGCAGAUGUUACACUACCUAACAGAGUUAUAUCCACACAUGGAGUUACAGAUCACUUUGAAGUUCAAGGAGGGAUGCUUGUUGGGUCUGCUUCUAUUAAUGAAAAGGACUACACAGAAGCUACCAUAGCCAAUGAAGCAAGCGCUGAAACUACCUUAGCCAAUGAAGCAAGCGCUGAAGCCACAGUAACCAAUGAAGCAAGCACUGAAGCCACUGUAACCAAUGAAGCAAGCGCUGAAGCUAAAAUAUGCAUUGAAUUAUGCUCUGAAGGUAAAAGAGCCAAUGAAUGUAGCUCUGAAGCUAAAAUAGUUAAUGACGUAAGCUCUGAAGCUAAAAUAGUUAAUGACGUAAGCUCUGAAGCUAAAAUAGCAUAUGAAGCAAGUUCAGCUCUUCCUGUUGGGUCUUCUGAACAGGAAACUGCUUCUUGUCUUGAUACUGGAACUGAAAAAUUACAUUUUUCUGAUACAUCAAGACAACCGUUGAACGAGACAAUAAGCAGUUGUGUGACAACUGCUUCUGGAAAGAUGGAUAAACCUCAAGAGGCGCCAAGUGAUAAGGCUGAUCAGGAAUGCGCAAAAGAGGCUGGUGUGGGUCUAGUUCUCCAUGAAUCGAUAGAGAAGCAGGGUGAUGAAGUUUCCCUAUCUUUUACCAAAGAUGACAAGGAGGCAAUACAAGAGUUCCAUGACAAGUCAUCCUCAAAAAUAACAGGUGAAGAUUUAUCUGGAAAUGAAGGUUCCAAAUCUUCUUCUUUGCCUGAUUCUUGCACCAAAUUGCAUGAAACGGGAAGCAGUCCUGCCAACCAUACUGAUAAUGCUCGUGGUACCUCUGUUACUUUUCGAAGCCAACCUGAAACUGAAAAAGAUGUGAAUCGAGUUAAGGCUUCCGGUCAUCUAAACCCUUCAAUUUCUGAAUGCGUAAAUAAGGAUGCAUUGAACACGUCGAUGGGUCAUGAUCCUAAGGGGAAUGAUGCAUCUAAUGACGAGAUAAGCUUAGCUCCUGUGGCAAAUUUGCCCAAAAAAAGUGUUUCAGGAAAGACCUCCAAAGGAACAAAUUCUGGCAAGAGGCAACGAGCUGCAGCCAACCAAGAUUCGAUGGUUGGAGAGGAACUGGCUUCUGUAGUAGGUACUUCCAAAACCAAAGUGGCUGGAAAUAUGUCCCGUGGGAGUCCACAAAUAUCUGAUGGUGUCAUGGCACUCACUGUUUCUCAAGGAACACCUGAACGCAAACCUAGGCGAUCCUCUAAUAAGACAGCUGGAAAGGAAACUUCUAGGAAAGGAAAUAAAGGAAAAAGUCCAGGAAAACAUUCAGAAAGAGUGGAUCGAUCAACUAGCUUGUCUUUGAGCCCAUCACCUGGUUUCCAAGUGAUGCAAUUGAAUGAGGUGCAGCAGUACGGGCAUGUUGAUUAUGUCAGUACAAAGCAAUUUGCUAUUUUAAAUGCUUCCACUUCUAGCCUUCCAGAUUUGAACUCUUCUGCUUCUCCACCUGUUCUGUUUCAACAGCCUUUCAUGGAUAUUCAGCAAAUACAAUUGCGUGCACAGAUCUUUGUCUAUGGAGCGUUGAUUCAAGGCAUGGUACCUGAUGAGGCCUAUAUGAUAUCAGCUUUUGGGGGGCCAGAUGGUGGAAGGAGUAUUUGGCAGAAUGCCUGGUCUUCCUGCAUGGAGAGGCAGCAUGGUAAAAAAUCUCAUCCCAUUAACCCGGAAACACCUCUGCAAUCAAGAUCCGAUUUGAGAUCUGCAGGUGCAAGAACCACUGAUGUAGCGGUUAAGCAAAAUGCACUUCAAGGUAUCUCUUCACCUCUUGGCGUAACCGGCAACAAGGCUACUCCGACAAUUGGCAACCCAUUAGUACCCCUUUCAUCGCCCCUUUGGAGUUUACAAACUCCUUCCUGUGAUUCCCUUCAAAAUGCCCUUGCAAGAGGUUCUGUUGUGGAUUAUUCACAGGCACUUGCUUCUUCGCAAUACCAAACCCCACCUUUCAGAAACUUUCUCGGACACAACACAUCUUGGUUAUCCCAAUCCCCCCUUCGUGGAUCAUGGACUCCAAUUCCUGCCUCUGAUAACAACACUUCACAUAUUUCUGCAUUACCUCUCACAGAUACAAUUCAGUUCAAUUCUGUCAAAGGAUCUUCUGUUCCUCCAAGUAUUAAAAAUGCUCCUCUUGGUCUGCCAGCUUCUAGUGCAGGCGUACAAAGUCUCUUUAUGGCAACUACCCCUUUGCAUGAUACAAACAACGUGAUGGUAUUGAAUGCUCAGCAUUCUUCAGAUCCAAAACCCAUAAAAAGAAAAAAAAGUAUGGUGUCCGAGGAUCUUGGGCUGAAAGCCAUGCAUUUGCAGUCUCAACUAGUACCAACUCCUGUUGUAAGCAGCCAUAUAUCUACUUCUGUUGCCACUGCAACCCCUGUUGGGAGUGUGCCCAUAACUACUGUUGAAAAAUCAGUUGUAUCUGUAACUCCUCUAUCUCUUGCUGAACACCUCACAGGUGAGUGGAAUGUUAAGAUGAGGAUUUUGUCAGAUGAGUCUCUUACAAAAAUUAAGGAGGCUAGAGAGAAUGCUGAGGAAGCUUCUGCUCUUUCUGUGGCUGCUGUGAAUCAUAGCCUGGAGAUAUGGAAACAGUUGGAUAAACAAAAAAAUUCUGGACUGGUGUCAGAUAUUGAGGCCAAAUUAGCAUCUGCUGCAGUAGCAGUUGCUGCUGCUGCUGCUGUUGCAAAGGCAGCUGCUGCUGCCGCCAAUGUUGCAUCAAAUGCUGCACUGCAUGCAAAAUUAAUGGCUGAUGAAGCAUUAGUUUCAUCUGGUUAUGAGAGUUCUUGCCAAAUUUCUUGUUCAGAGGGUAUGAAUAACGUAAAAGCAACCCCUGCGUCCAUCUUGAAGGGUACUAUUGGAACCAAUAGCUCUAGUUCUAUCAUCGGAGCUGCGAAGGAGGCUGCAAGGAAGAGAGUGGAAGCUGCUUCAGCUGCUAGAAUACGAGCUGAAAAUAUGGAUGCUAUUGUGAAGGCUGCUGAGCUGGCAGCAGAAGCUGUAUCCCAGGCUGGAAAGAUUGUAACUAUGGGUGAUCCUUUGGCAUUAAAUGACUUGAUAGAAGCGGGUCCAGAGGGUUGUUGGAAUGCAGCCCGAGAAUCAAGUCAGCAAGUUGGCUUGUUAAAAGACAUGACCAGUGGUCUGUUUAGCGCUGGCAAUAUUGGAGACAGACCUGAAGCUUCCCAGAUACGUAAUAGAGAUAUUUCAUCUGAUGAAAAGGGGAAGAAGACUGCUGCAAGAGAGAAGUCACCUUUUCAUACAGCGCAGAGUGAGAUAUCUCAGGACCAUAUGAAAGGCAUUGGUGGCAUUUCUUCUAUUAAUGUCAAUGAAAAGAGUUCAAAAGGACCAAACCUAGUCAAUCCCAUUGACGUGCUUCCUGAAUCUGAGAUUGAAAUGCAGGUUGCUUCCACAGCUGGCAAUAGACCAGAAGAUGUGGAGGAAGAUAGCAUAAAGGAGGGCUCACUUGUAGAGGUUUUCAAAGAUGGAGAAGGAUUUAAGGCAGCAUGGUACAAAGCCAAAGUAUUAAGUGUGAAGGAUGGUAAAGCUUAUGUAAGCUACGAUUUUCCUGUAGAUGAUGAAGGUGCAGGGCCUUUGAAGGAAUGGGUUUCACUUGAAGGUGAAGAAUACAAGCCUCCCAGAAUACGCAUUGCUAGUAAUAUAACUGGUUUGCGUAACGAAGGGACAAGGAAGAGACAGAGGGCAGCUAUGGUAGAUUAUAAUUGGUCUGUUGGGGAUAGGGUUGAUGCAUGGGUAGAAGACAGCUGGCAGGAGGGUGUUAUCACUGGUCAGAACAAGAACGAUAAAACAAUAACUGUUCACUUCCCAGUUAGUGGAAAAACAUCACUUUUCAGAGCUUGGCAUCUACGUCAGUCUUUUAUUUGGAAGGAUGGGAAAUGGGUUGAGGCUCCCAAAGCUGGUGCAAAUGACAGUUCUACACAUGAGGGUGAUACACCUCAUGAAAAACGAGUCAAGUUAGGUAGUCCUGCAGUAGAGGUAAAGGGUAAGGACAGGAUUCUGAAAGGAACUACUGCCGUGGAGUCAGCAAAUCCUGGCGAGUUGAGGUUACUGGACUUGACUGAAAACGAAAAAGUGUUCAAUAUUGGGAAGAACAGCAAGAAUGAAAAUAAAUCUGAUGCACACAGAAUGGUAAGGACUGGUCUUCCGAAAGAAGGAUCAAGAGGGAUUUUUGGUAUUCCUAAACCUGGGAAGAAAAGGAAAUUUAUGGAAGUAAGCAAGCAUUACGUUGCUGAUGGGACAAGUAAGAUCAACGAUGGAAAUGAUUCGGUUAAACUUUCAAAUUUCCUGAUACCUCAAGGUACCGGUGGAUCACGUGGGUUGAAAAAUACCUCAAAAAAUGAUACCAAGGAAAAACAUGGAGCUGGCUCCAGGCCUGCUUUUAAGUCUGGAAAACAGCAGAGUGUUUCGGGUAGAGUGAUCCCACCGAAAGAAAACACUUUAUCAACCUCUCGUACUAAUGAUAUGACAAAUCGUGCAGAAAGGAUCAAGGAUUCUUCAAGUAAUUUUAAGAAUGUAUCUCAGAGUGAAAAUCAGGUGGAAAGAGCGUCCUAUUCUGGGAACAUUGGAGCUGGGGUUGGACCAAUCUUGUAUUCGUCCCUUGAAUCUUUAACUGAUUCUCAUCCCACUAAAAAGACAUCAACAUCAAGGGCAAGUAAAGGAAAACUUGCACCUGCUGGUGGUGGAAGGUUGGCUAAGAUUGAUGAGGAAAAAGCCUUCAAUGGAAAUCCUGUGAAGUCAACAUCUGAUAUCGCUGAGCCUCGUAGAUCCAAUCGCAGAAUACAGCCAACUUCCAGACUAUUAGAAGGAUUGCAGAGCUCUUUGAUUAUCUCAAAGAUUCCUUCUGCUUCACAUGAAAAGGGUCACAAAAACCAGAAUCGGAAUGUUUCUAGGGGGUAACCAAGGUUAAACGAGAAGUUGCUAUGUGCGGUUUAGUUGAAAGAACGAUACACUCAGCAUAGAUGUGUAUAUUUAUUUAUAAUAGGGAACAUAGGAUGGGAAAUUCUUGUUUCCUUUGUUUUAGGCAGACUAGUCCAGUAGAUGUUAAUAUUGAUUUUAUGUUGUUUACAGAAUGAUUUAAUUUGAUCCUGUAGGCUGUAUAUGGAAUUUAUCCAUGUUGACUUGUUUAUAGAAAGGUUUGUUGAUAUGAUCAAAUGGUAAAGUGAUGUUCCUCUUUGAAUAUCAA